CCUCCAGUCGGCCGGCAAAAGGCAGAUGUCAGCCUUAGUCGUCGCCGGCUUUGGGACCAAUGCAAUGAGGGGUCUGGUGUUUGCCCGUCUCAACAUUGAGGCCUACAGCGGCCGCUUUCCGAUAUGCCCCCAGCUCAGCGAAUCAAAACUGCUCAUACCGUGCAAACAGAGCCUCGUCUCUAUCCAUGUCUGCCUCGCUUCACUCUGCCCAUCCGUUUGCUCUUUCUUUAUGCAGAUAUCCUACUAAAUGCCGCAUGUUUUUAUCGCCAUUCUUUGACUUUUACAAAGUCUAGGAACAUCGGGACCGCUAUGGCCCUCCAUAGCGCGCACCGGAUCUGUCGUGACGGUAGAGGUUUAUCUCAAACGGAAAUGUCACCAAUACGCAUCCAUGGUCUUCUCAAAGGGAAUUCUAUCCUGAGGCGUGACUCUUGGAGUGUUUUACGGCUAUAUAUGAUGGGAACAUCGCGCCCUUCUUGACCUCGCCCACAAGCUUUCAGAUCCAACCCACCGUUCGACAAGGCAGGCAGAAACGCACAUCUCGCCUCAAACAAGGCCCCUUUAUCUUUGGCUUGACCAACUUUAUCCCAAUCAUUCACCAUGAAACAGGAAAACACUCCCCAAGACAACCUGCUUGCUAGUCCGAGCCUUCUUCGCAAAAUCGACCAGCUCCGUGAGAGGAAUAUCGGCCAGCAUGUCCCUCUGCCCCAGCUCGUUGUUGUGGGUGACCAGAGCUCUGGCAAAUCAUCUCUUCUGGAGAGUUUGACUGGAAUUCCGUUCCCGCGUGAUGUUGAACUCUGCACGCGUUACGCCACUCAAAUCACCCAACGCCGCGAUCAUUCAACUCAUGUCAACAUCACUAUAAUUCCUGGUCCGAAUUCAUCCGAUGAACACAAAAGCCAUGUCGAGGCGUACCAUGGCAGUGCCCUGUCUGGUGAGGAUUUGCGCGCCAAAUUUCCGGCAAUUUUGCAAGAGGUCAACGCCAGAAUGGGCAUUCGAAUGAGCUCAUCUGCCAAAGGCGGAACCGUCUUCAGUGAGGACAUCCUCAAGAUCGAGAUUUGCGGUCCCAAGGAAGACUAUUUGACCGUCAUUGACGUUCCCGGUAUCUUUCGUAACUCCACUGAGGGCGUCACUACCAAACAGGACAUCUUGUUGGUUCGGAAUAUGGUCACUCACUACAUUCGAGAUAACCGGACCAUCAUCCUGGCAGUCUUGCCUUGCAACAUCGAUAUCGCUAACCAGGAGAUUCUGACUCUCGCGGAGGAGUACGACAAGAAGGGUGAACGGACCCUCGGUAUUCUCACAAAGCCAGAUUUGGUACCCGAGGCCAGCGGCAAAGAUACGAUUUGCAGCAUCGUCGAGAACAAAAGGAAGCAGCUGACUUUGGGCUAUUAUGUCGUGAGGAGUCGUGGCGCAGAUCAAGACGACUCUGGCUAUGAGUCCCGCGAACAAAUGUUCAACGAAGACCCCUGGCGUCGCCUUGACAGGGGGAGAGUUGGUGUUCGCGCACUCAAGACAAAACUGGGUGAGCUGCUGGGCGAGAUGGCGAAGCGUGAAUUUCCCAAGUUGAGGAAGGAUAUCGGCGAGAUGCUCAGUCGCGCGGAAAAGGAGAGAGAUGGGCUCGGUCCCGCUCGUGGCACUGAUACCGAACAGCGGAUAUUCUUGAGCCACAUCGCUGACAAGUUCCAGGAGUUGACAAAGGCGAGCCUAGAGGCUCGCUAUCAUCAUGACCCGGCAUUUGAGGCGUCCUUCCAUCUCAAACUCGCCACCCUCAUGGCGUUCCUUGCCGAAGAUUUCAGUCGCGAGUUUGAAGAAAAGGCUGCAUUCCGAUACUUUGAGAACGAAGACUCUGACACCGACGACUAUGACGAUGACGAUGACGACGACGAAGUCGUUGAUGAGGAUUUUCUGCCCAUGAAUCCCAACCAGACAUUGCCUGCCGCGAAUGCAAAGAGGAUUCUGAGGGCCGCAACUCGUGAUCUUGACCCGGAGGAGUUUCCCGAGCUCGACGGCAUCAUCAGUGACAGGUACGAAGUUGAGGAUCCAGAAGAUGAUAUCAUGGACUGGAUAACAAAUCUUUAUGUGCGAUCACGCGGCAUGGAGCUUGGUCAUUACACCAACGCGGUGCAGGCAAGUGCAUGGAGAGAGCAAUCCAGUAAAUGGCCCAUCAUAAGUCGCGCUUUUACCAGCCGCGCGAUCAUGAUCGUCCAGCGCUUCAUCACAGACACGCUCAGCAUCGUGUGCCCUGAUAGCACGCUUCGGGAUACCUUGUGGUCAUGCAUCCAAGAGGAGGUGCUCGAGCGAUACAAGAAAGCGACUGGUUUUCUCGAGUACCUCCUCUCCGUUGAGCGUGAGAUCAAUCCUUACACGCUCAACAAGCACUUCAACAGGACCCGUCAAGAGGCUCACGCGGACAGAGCAGCUUCCCACAUUCUCGCGACACUGCAAGAGGCAGAACAAGCGGGCGGAGACAACGCCACCGUCACCAUCGGCCAAGUUCGCAGCUCGACUAGAGACAAAUCCAACAUACAAGAUGUGGCCGAGCAGCUCCACGACGGCCUAAGCUCGUACUACGACGUUGCUCGGAAACGGUUUGUCGACAACGUCUGGACUCAGGUUGUUCAGUCCCACCUGCUUUUUGGCUCCAACACUCCGCUCAGGGUCUUCACCCAGGACUGGGUGAUUGGGCUUGGUGCCGAGCAACUUGAUGCCAUUGCUGGGGAGUCGUCGAGUGUCAAGGAGCAGCGGGCUAACUUGGCUCGCAAGAUCAAGGACUUGAAGGAAGCGAAGAAGAUUUUGUCGUUCUGAAGAGCUGGCUGUACAGGAGUUUGAGGUGUGUGUUUACGCCAGGACUUUGUUUCGUAUUGACUUGAACGGGUAGCUAUUAAAUAUCGUGGUUUUCAAUGUGUUUUUAGGAUACAUAUGUAACAACAAAACAAAAAAACCCCCCCCCAAAAAAAAAACAGUGUG